CAUGAAAAUGGGCAUUUAGUUGAUCUGUGUAAAUCCUGCACUAAAGUCAACAAAAUGCUCAGCAUUACAUUGUUAUGUCUUUUAGUGAAAGGUAAAUACUGUGGUUCUGCCACCCGUUAGUCACAUACACAGCUGAGGCAGAUAAUGUUAAACAUUAUCAGCUGACUUUUUGUGGGUGUGAGCAGCGAAAGCAAACAUGGAUCAACCUUUAGGAAACAAGUGAACGCUUCCAUUUAACGUCCUGCUGUUUCUCUUCAGACUGCGAAGCUGAGUAAAACGGUUUGCCUGACCUUUUACAAAGAACUUAUUCAUAUUAAGUUAAAAUGGAGAGAAGGGUUUUGUCUGUGAGGACGAAAAUAAAGGAUAAUUGUCCCAAGAAGGAAAAGCUGGACCUCCCAAAGUGGAUGCAACGGGAUAAUUUCAGGGGACCGAGAAAGCACUCGGACAGAGAGACUGAUGAUGAGAGUUUUGACACCAAGGAGAUGUUACUCGACACCGAGAAGCAGUUCAUGGAAGCAGCAAAGAGGAAUGAUGUGAAAACCUUGAAGCAUCUUGGAAAAAGUCUGAACGUCAACGCCAAGAACGUGCACAACAGGACAGCCCUUCACUACGCAGUAGCAGGCAAAAACAAAGAAGCAACUCAGUUCCUUCUGCAGCGCAGGGUCAAAGUGGACCAAAAGGACAAGUAUGGCAUGGCACCCAUUCAUCUAGCUGCCUGGUUUGGCAGCUUGGAGAUCCUGAAAUUACUGGUGCAGGCUGGGGCUGAGCAGAAGGUUGAAAAUGAGGAAGGGCUGAACAUCAUGCAAUGCGCUGCCAUCAACAACCACACUGAAAUUGUAGAGUAUAUUAUCAAUGAUAUGCAGAUGAAAGAAUUAAACAAGGAGGACCAGUCAGGACAUCUUCCAUUUGCAUUGGCAGCAGAACAUGGGAGCAUUGAAAUGUUAAAAAUGCUGAUGGAGCCAUACAACAUGGCCACAAUGAAGCCCAACAAGAGAGGGGACACGCCCCUGCACUUAGCUGCCAGGAACGGCCACUUGGACGCCGUCCAGCUGCUGCUGCAGAGCUUUGAUACUCGGGAUGAAGUCAAUAUGGACGGUGAGACAGCUUUGUACCAGGCGGCAGAUAACAGUCAGGAAGAAUGCGUCCUGGCCCUGCUGGACGCCGGCUGUGACCCCAACAUCCUCACAGUGGCCAAACGCAGCGCUCUCCAUGUGGUCUCGGAAAGCGGAGACUUGUCUCUUGUCCAACUCCUUUUAGAGUACAACGCCCAUACAGAUGUUCAAAACCAGCAGCUGGAGGCUCCUCUCCACCUGGCAGUGAAGAACGGUCACAUCCCUGUUAUCCAUUCUCUUGUAGCAGCAGGCUGCAACAUCAACGUAGCCGACAAGAGACUCCAGACCGCGCUGCAUCUCUCGGCGGAGCUCGGCAGGACUGAAGUCGUGGAAAUGCUGCUAAAAUCUGGUGUGGAUCUACAAAUCCGGGACAGACAGGGUAAAACUGCUCUGGGUGUGGCAGCCAGAGCAAACGAGGUAAUCAUUGUGGACAUGAUCAUUAAAGCAGAACGAUACUACAGCUGGAGAAAGGCCAACCCUGAGCUCAAUGAAAGCGUUCACAGCGAGCAUCCGCUAACGUUUAAACUUGACCACCGGAACGAAACCAAGCAGCUCCGUUCUGCUGCCUGGCGCCUGGCGUACGAGCUCCUGAAACCCGGAGACUGGAAAAGGCUGGCAGAGAACUGGGCCUUCACCAAGGAGCAAGUGGCGGCUAUUGAGGAUCAGUGGACAGGUCAGCGCAGCUACAGAGAGCACGGCCACAGGAUGCUGCUGAUCUGGCUCCACAGGGAGGAGCUCGCUCAGACCAAUCCUUCCAAGCAACUCUACCAGGAACUCAUCCUCACUGGGAACAGGAAGGCUGCUGGUACCUUCAACCGACAUGCAUGCAAACAUCGCUCUGUCCCGGUGUACAGUGUUCAAUCAAAUGUCAUUUCGUCUUGCAGAUAAGAUUCGGACGGACGCAGAGAACACCGGCAAGAGUUGCUGCAUUUCAUGAUCAGUUUUGUCUGCUUAAUUAUCAACCAUGGAUUUCUGUAAUAAGUUAGUGGUAAAAGCAUUUAUUUAGAAAAUAGCAACGUGCUGCUGAUCAGUAAAAUAUGGCUUUGCAUUGAGAAAGUAAGCAACCAUUGCUGCUAGAUUGUUUCUAAAUCAUGAAUGGAUGCACAAAAAUGAUUUUAUGCAAUAAAAUCCACGUUCAUAAUGUGCAUAAUUUAAAA